AUCUUCCCUUUUUGCCCUGUAGUUGUAUGCAUGUCAGUCAUGGGAGGAGGCUUCUACAUUAGUAAGGUUGUUGGGGUGGCGGGGAUUGUGCUAGGUGCAGGGGCAGUGGCCACCAUUAUUGCUUUGGCAGUUGUUUAUUCUGAAGAGGUAGCCAAAAACAAUGAGGUCAUUAGUCCAACUAAUGAAGGGUCCACUGUCAAGCCAACGCUGACCACAACUGAAGGUUCUUCGGUUUCCACACCUGAAGGUUCUUCGGUUUCCACACCUCUCCUACCCACAGCUCAGCCCUCAAAUGAACCAUGGGACAAGUACCGUCUCCCAGACACCUUGAAGCCUGACCACUACAAUCUGACCCUGUGGCCUCGACUCAAAGUCAACGAACAAGGCCUCUACAUCUUCACAGGGGAAACCUAUGUGGUUUUCCAAUGUGUGAAGGAGACUGACCUGAUUCUGAUACACUCCAACAAGCUGAACUACACCAAAUGGGAAGGUGGUCAACUGGCUAAACUGACUGCACUUGGUAACAUAACCGCACCAACCAUAAAGAGUUCAUGGCUACAAGAAACAACCCAGUACCUAGUCAUGCAGCUUAAUGGGAACUUAACUGUUGGGGAACUCUACCAGCUGGACACAAAGUUUGUUGGGGAGCUGGCGAAUGACUUGGGAGGAUUUUACAGGAGUGAAUAUGAAGAAGAUGGAAUAGAAAAAGUUGUUGCAACCACUCAAAUGCAGCCCACUGAUGCCAGAAAAGCGUUCCCCUGUUUCGAUGAGCCAGCAAUGAAAGCCGUCUUCCACAUCACACUCCUCCACCCCGUCGGGACAAUCGCUCUGUCAAAUGGCAUGGAGAGGGAUCCUGUUCCAGUCACUAUGGAGGGACCUGAGGGGACUGUGGAGGUUUUGAAGACAUCUUUUAGCGAAACAAAGAGAAUGUCAACAUACCUGUUGGCAUUUAUUGUCAGUGACUACGACUAUGUUAAUGAAACAACCAAUGAUGUUUUGAUCCGGAUUUAUGCUCGCAAAAAAGCCAUUACUGAUAAGCAAGGAGAGUAUGCCCUCAACAUAACAGGACCAAUUCUGAAAUUCUUUGAAGAAUAUUACAAUGUCUCCUACCCUCUCCCAAAGUCAGACCAGAUUGCUUUGCCUGACUUCAAUGCUGGAGCAAUGGAGAACUGGGGAUUAAUUACCUACAGAGAAACAGCCCUCUUGUAUGACCCUGAAAUGUCUUCUAAUUCCAACAAGGAGAGGAUUGCUACCAUUAUAGCUCAUGAACUGGCCCACAUGUGGUUUGGAAACCUUGUGACUCUGAAUUGGUGGAAUGACCUGUGGCUGAAUGAGGGUUUUGCAUCCUAUGUAGAAUAUCUUGGGGCAAAUGAUGCAGAACCAGACUGGAACAUUAAAGACCUGAUAGUACUGAAUGAUGUACACAGGGUGUUUGCAAUCGAUGCCCUGGCCUCCUCUCAUCCCCUGUCGUCCGAAGAGCAGGCCAUCCAGAAGCCUGAGCAAAUCAGUGAACUGUUUGACGCCAUCUCUUAUAGCAAGGGAGCAUCUGUGCUGAGAAUGCUUUCAGAUUUCCUGUCUGAAGCCACCUUCUCUAAAGGCGUUAGCACAUACCUGAAAGCAUUUUCCUAUAAUAACACUGUGUAUUCUGACCUCUGGGAUCAUCUGGAUUUGGCAGCCAAUUCCAGUGGUGUGUCACUUCCUACUGGCUUUAAUGUGAAUAGCAUCAUGAACCGCUGGGUCCUUCAGAUGGGCUUCCCUGUGAUUACAAUAGACACAGCCAAUGGACAUUUCUCCCAGGAGCACUUCCUUCUAGACCCUGCCUCUAGACCGGAUGUACCAGAAUCUGAAUUCAAGUAUGAGUGGAUUGUACCCAUCAGGUGGAUGAAGACAGGAAAAGAACAGUCACUGACAUGGCUGAAAACCCGAACUGCUAAUAUGACUGACAUGAAAGUCAUUGAGAAUGAAUGGGUCCUGGCCAACCUCAACGUCUCUGGAUACUAUCGGGUUAACUACGAUGUGCCCAACUGGGAAAGACUUCUCAAUGUACUGAACACCACUCCAGAGUCUAUUCCAGUCAUCAACAGAGCUCAAUUGAUUGAUGAUGCUUUUAACCUUGCAAGGGCAAAAUAUAUAGACACAAUACUAGCCUUGCGGACAACAAAGUAUCUCAAAACAGAAAAGGAAUAUAUGCCAUGGGAGUCAGCUCUUAACAACUUGGACUUUUUCUACCUGAUGUUUGAUCGGAGUGAAGUUUUUGGGUAUAUGCAGGCUUACCUCAAAAUCCAAGUUGAAGAACUAUUUGGCCACUUCAAGAAUAUCACUGACAACUGGACAAAAGUACCCAGUGGACAUAUGGACCAGUACAACCAGGUCAAUGCCAUCAGGGUGGCUUGUAGCACUGGUAUUGACGAGUGCCUGAAUCUGACUAAAGGCUGGUACAAACAGUGGAUGAAUGAUCCCACCAAAAAUCCGAUACACCCCAACCUGAGGACAACAGUGUACUGCAGUGCUAUAAGUGCAGGAGGGGAAGCGGAAUGGGAAUUCGGUUGGAAUCAGUUCAAUGCUUCCACCAUCGCUACUGAGGCAGACAAACUUCGAUAUGCUCUGGCCUGUACCAAGCAGCCCUGGCUACUAAACAAGUACCUGGAAUACAGCCUUAAUCCAACCAAAAUUCGCAAGCAAGAUGCAACCUCAACCAUUGUUUAUAUUGCAAGCAAUGUGGUGGGGCAGCCUUUGGCCUGGGACUUUAUUAGAGACAGAUGGCAGUACAUCUUUGAGCAGUAUGGCGGUGGAUCUUUCUCCUUCUCCAACCUCAUCAAUGGUGUGACCAAGCGGUUCUCAACAGAAUUUGAGCUCCAACAGCUCAAGGACUUCCAGGCGGAACACAAUGACUUUGGUUCUGGUAACUUGGCAAUUCAACAAUCCAUUGAGAGGACAUCAGCUAACAUCAGAUGGGUGGCAGAAAACAAGAAAAAAGUGCUGGAAUGGUUUGACGGAGAGGUUCCUAAACCAUAAUGAGCACAUGGACAAACAAACACCUUUCUGUUUAUUUAUUGUUUAAGACCUAUCCACAAUACAUGUACCCUGUUAUUAUAUUAGAGGUCUAACUGUUGAUGACUUUACAUUUUAAAGAUAUCCUCAGCCAUAGCCAGAAAUACUACAUACACUGCUUUAAUGUUUUGGGAAAUAACAUUAUCUUUCCAUUAAAUAAA